AUGGUGGCGAGGAAGCGGGUGGUGGUGGUGAUCGACCACAGCUCCGGCACCAAGCACGCCAUGAUGUGGGCGCUCAACCACGUCGCCGGCGCCGGGGACACCGUCACCCUCCUUCACGUCCUCCACCCUCCCGGCGCCGCCGCCUCCUCCACCGCGGCGGCCGCGAGGACCUCUUCUCUCCUCGCCGACUCCCUCGCCGCCCUCUGCAAGGCCUCCAAACCAGAGGUACUCCCACAGAAGAUAGGACUCACCUACCAUUAUCAUGCCUGGUUCUUGACCUCCUCCUCCGGCAGGUGGAGGUGGAAGCUUUGGUCGUCCAUGGCCCCAAGCUGCCCACAGUCCUCAGCCAGAUCAAGAAGCUCGAAGCCUCCGUCGUCGUGCUCAGCCAGAACAAGACCUCUCCUUUCUGCUGGUAAGGUAACCCUCAUCUCGUUUCACAGAUUCAGCGCCGCCGUCCCCUCAACCCCCCCGCUUCUCGUCCCCAGCUUCUUCCCCGGUGGCGCCGCCGCCGGCGAGGACUUCGUGGAGCGGUGCAUCGACGAGGCGGACUGCUUGGCCAUGGCGGUGAGGAAGCGCGGCGGCGGAGUCGGCGGCUACCUGGUCAGCACCCGGUGGCAGAAGAACUUCUGGCUCUUGGCAUGA